UCAUGAUUACUGCAAAGUGACGACACCUGUUGAGAUGCCUGAUGGUCUCUGGUUGAACUCAAACAGAAGCUUCUUGGAGGUCGUGUUGUGUUUCAGUAUGUGGCUCCUGGUCUUCAUCUGCGUGUCGACAGCUGCUGGUGCACCUGUAAAUCUAACACAGGAGGCUGACAGUCAUGAAAAAACAGGGAAGGUUGUUGUAGUGCUCGAUCCGCCUCAGCGGGCCAGUGCAGAAACUCAACAAGAGCUUCAAGGAGACGGGAUCGUCCAAGAGGGAGACAUUUUGAUACCAGAGGACAGGAACGCCGUGCAGACCCUGUGGCCCGACGCCGUCGUGCCUUACACCAUCAGUCAUGAACUGGCUUAUCAGGAGGCAAAUAUCCAAGCUGCCUUCAAGAUGAUUUCAGACUUCACCUGCAUUCGCUUUCGACCGCACACCACAGAGUUCAACUACCUCGAGUUCGUGGAUGGAAACGGCUGUGCGUCCUUUGUUGGCUGUCAAGGAGGAGCCCAGGUGGUGUAUUACUCCCAGUCAUGUAGUGUUGGGAACCUUUGCCAUGAGCUCAUUCACGCUCUGGGCUUGCAUCACGAACACACCCGCAAAGACCGGGACCAGUACAUCACUGUGCAGUGGCAGAGCAUUAUUCCAGGGAGAGAAAAUAACUUCAAGACGAAACGCGGGAACACUCUGAACCUGCCGUACGACAUCAGCUCCAUAAUGCACUACGGACAGUAUUUUUUCAGUCUCGAUGGAAGUCCGACUGUGUUGCCCAAGAAUGGCGGGAUGGGGAUGGGUCAGAGGACACAUCUGAGCCACCUGGACGCACAGAAACUGAACAAACUCUACCACUGUGACGAGCGGAUGAAGGAGCUGGGAGCUGUUGGUUAACCUGCAUUUGACGUGAGAUUUAAUAAAAUAUCAGAUCUGUGAAUGGA